UAUAAUAAUUUUUAUCUGGGAUAUAAUAUUAAGAAGAAUACAAAAACUAUGGCAGUAUCUAUAAAUGAAAUUUGUGAAAAUACAAAGUUGGCACGUGAAAUGGCAUUAACUGGAAAUUAUGAUACAUCUGGUGUUUAUUAUCAAGGUGUCGUUCAACAAAUUCAUAGACUGCUUUCAAGUAUAGCUGAUGUUACAAGAAAGGCUAAAUGGCAACUGGUGCAACAUCAAAUUGUUCAAGAAUUUGAAAAAGUCAAAGCUACGUCACAUACCUUACAACUUUUCAAAGUUGACACACACGGUGAUAGAAUAAUAGGUACAUCAUGUUUGUCAUUUGAAGAACCAACAAGAGAUCCAACAUCGUGGCCUUAUAAUAAUACAGAUGUUUCAUGGAACCAAACACCAGCUCGAGACCCAGAUGUUUGGCCACCUUUAAGUACAACAGAACAAAAAAAUACCAGACAACAAAAGGGACAGCAAAAACAACAAAAUCGUACCAAUUCGAGAAGAUCAAUUCCUGCAGGGAAGAAAACAGAAAAUAAAACAGUCAACAAGAAAGAUGAUAGGAGAACAUCUAAACGAGAUGAUUCUAAUAAGGAAAGAUCAGAAACAAUAAAGGUGGAAGCAGGAACAGUAAAGGUGGAAGUAGAAACUGAGGAACGUAAAUUUGAACCAUCAGGAAAUGAUCGAGAUCUUGUUGAUUUACUGGAAAGGGAUAUUGUUCAAAAAAAUCCAAAUAUUCAUUGGGAUGACAUAGCAGAUUUACACGAAGCUAAAAGAUUAUUAGAGGAAGCUGUCGUCCUUCCUAUGUGGAUGCCAGAUUUUUUUAAAGGAAUACGGCGACCAUGGAAAGGUGUUCUUAUGGUUGGGCCACCAGGAACAGGGAAAACUAUGCUUGCAAAAGCUGUAGCCACAGAAUGUGGUACAACAUUUUUUAAUGUUUCAUCUUCAACACUCACAUCUAAAUAUAGAGGAGAAUCAGAAAAACUUGUUCGAUUACUCUUUGAAAUGGCUAGAUUUUAUGCACCAAGUACAAUUUUUAUCGAUGAAAUUGAUUCCUUAUGCUCUAGAAGAGGAUCAGAAUCAGAGCAUGAAGCCUCAAGAAGAGUUAAAUCUGAGCUUCUUGUACAAAUGGAUGGAAUAAGUUCGAAUAAUGAAGAUCCUAGUAAAGUGGUAAUGGUAUUAGCAGCUACUAAUUUUCCAUGGGAUAUAGAUGAAGCACUUAGAAGAAGAUUAGAAAAGCGUAUUUACAUUCCUUUACCAAAUCAUGAAGGUAGAGAAGCUUUAUUGAGAAUCAAUCUUCGUGAAGUAAAAGUAGAUUUAUCUGUAAAUCUAGCGGAUAUUGCAAAAAAACUAGAAGGUUAUUCCGGAGCAGAUAUUACGAACGUGUGCAGAGAUGCUUCUAUGAUGUCGAUGAGAAAAAAGAUAGCUGGUUUAAAACCAGAUCAGAUACGACAAUUACCGAAAGAGGAAUUAGAUCUGCCGGUAUCUGCUACAGAUUUUGACGAGGCCGUAGAAAGAUGUAAUAAAAGUGUAUCUCAAGAAGAUCUAGAGAAAUAUGAAAGAUGGAUGAGCGAAUUUGGUUCGUCUUGAUAACAUUCUCAAUUAAAAUUAUUUCUUAUUUUAACGCAGAUGACACCUAUUGAUUGGUAUCUUAAGAUAUAUUCCAGAUUUAUUUUCUAUUUAAACAUGUAUGCACAUAUGCACGCGCGUACGUGUAAUAAUAUAUUAAAACAAACAAAACAUUUAUCAAGAUAUCAUUGAAAAACUUUGAAAAUGCUCAAAAUA